AGGAACAUUGAUGAAAUUUUUGAAAGACCAGCUUUGGAGAUUAUUAUUAUUUGGGACAUGGUACUCAAUUUAAGUUCAUCGCCUAUAGAAGUCGUAGCUAUUGAACAUAUACCUGCAAUCAUGGCAUCCGCAGCGGAGCAGCAACAGCAGCAGCAGCAGACUACCCUCGAAUUCUACCAGGCGAUGGCUGACUUUGAGAAUAGGUUUCCACAGAUGGACGACGAUGUCAUCGAGGCUGUCUUGAGAUCGAACCAAGGAGCCGUUGACACCACCGGCCAUCAGUUGCUGUACCCAAAUCUGAUAAGACUCCCAAGAAGCUGAGAGUCGAAACAAGUAGAAGCAUUCAAAAGUGGCAACCACCUCUACUUGGAUCUCUGCCUGUUUCUCUUUCACGAAUUUCUCAUCCGGGAGGUGACACCACAGAUGGCUUGGAUCACAAUGCAGCUCAUGACAGCGGCCUUCUGGAGGACCAAAGCUUUUUAACAACUUCAGCGACUGGUAUGAUUUAUCUUUCAUCUUACCUACCACAUACACGUGGUGAUAAAAGCAAUAUAAGUGACUUGCUGCUGUCAGCCAUAGCAGGGCAGCACAAAUUUUGUGUACGACAUGACAAAGUAGUAUUUGACAACGACAAGCCUCUACCGUUCACAGGCUUACAGGAUACGGGCUGUGCAAUAAUAUGUUGUGAUGAAGCGUGUGCUUUUAAAAAAAGGAGUGAUAAGAAAGUAACAGGAUUAUAGGAUUCGCGAAGUCAGAAGAAAGAGAAGGUUUAGUUAGAAAAAAGGUAAAAGGAAGUAGGGUAAAAACAUUCUAAAAAUUUAGUCUAGGCAUAGUGUAAAGUUUAAGCGAAAAAAGUUAGUUCAAGCAAGUAUGUGUAAUAUAAGGAUAUUUUGAAAAUUUGGUCUAGGCGUUGUGCAGAAUAUAAUGUCAUUGAUAUUUCAUUAUAGUCAAAAAUUGCAUAAAAAUUUGU